UCAUGUCAUAUUUGUUCUUACUACGCAAAAAGUUUAUUACAUAAUUUUUAGUGGGAUUACGCUCAAAGAGGCACUCGACAUUGCUUAUGAUGAUUCCCAAUCAGAAAAUGACAUUUCUGAAAUUUACAUUGAACCUCCUGAAUGCCAUAUUAUGACUGAUGAGGACUCGGCGGAUGAAGACGAAGGUGGAUUAGUUGAUAACCUCAGUCGCAGACAACUUUCUGCUGGUGCAGAAAUUGUAUUAGGAAAUAAUUCAAGAAUUGGGGGCACAGCAGAAGACAUGCUUUUAGACGAGCAUGAGCCUCAAUUUACUACAACUGCAGUAGAUAAACCUAAACCAAGUACUAGCGUUAUUGAUGAAAAUUUACCUAGUACGAGUGAUGAUGUACUUCAAGUUUCCGAAAUAAAAAUGUCAACUAGGCCAGCAAAUCUAGAUUUUAUAUCAGGAGACUUAUGCCCUCAGUUUCGUACUUUUCCAGUAUGUCAGUACACUCAAUACAACUCACUAAGUUGUGUUGAAAUUUUUGAACUUUUUUUUUCUAAUGAAUUAUUGGAAAAAAUAUUAGAGCAAACAAGAGCAUAUGCCUUAUUGCAAAAUAGUCAGGAUUUAAAUUUGUCACUUUCUGAGAUAAAAGUUUUUCUAGGAAUUAUGAUACUUAGUGGUUACAAUGUUCUACCUUCAAAAAGAAGCUACUGGGAAAAUGCAAAAGACAUGAAAAACGAAUUUGUUUCAGAGGCUAUGCGUCGGMAUAGGUUUCUUCAAAUAUGUCGUUUUAUUCAUUUUGCAGACAAUAAUGCACUUGAUACAUCUGACAAAAUGUAUAAGAUACGGCUUAUUACCGACACACUAWAAGAAAAAUUUAUAGAACAUUUUGUGCCGGAACAAAAUCUAUCAUACGACGAGUCCAUGAAUCGAUACUUUGGUCGCCACGGAUGCAAACAAUUUAUCCGUGGUAAACCUGUCAGGUUUGGAUAUAAAGUUUGGUGUCCAAUACACCCAGUGGAUAUCUAGUCAAUUUUGAAGUUUAUCAAGGAAAUAAUCCUAGGGCAAAUACAAAGUACGGAGAAUUAUUUGGGAAGGCAGCGGCACCACUUAUACAAAUGAUUGAAGAAUUGCGGGAUAAGAAACAACUUCCAUACAACUUUUUCUUUGAUAAUUUAUUUACCGGAACAAACCUUWUGUGUACAUUGAAAGCCAAUGGUUACAGUGCUACAGGUACUGUACGCGACAACAGAAUUCCACAAAAUUGUCCUCUUCAGUCAAAGAAACAAAUGGCAAAGCAAGAAAGAGGCACAUUUUGUUCUACAUUGGAAAGAAAUUGCGGCAUUAUAUAUGUUCGCUGGAUGGAUAACAGUGUUGUUACAAUGGCCAGUACUUGCUUCGGAGUAGCACCCGUGCGAAAUGUUGAAAGGMUUUCUCGUAAAGAUAAAAAGAAUGUUGCAGUGAGUCGUCCAGACGUAGUUGCACAAUACAACAAAAAUAUGGGUGGAACAGACUUGAUGGAUGGAAACAUUUCAUGUUACCGCAUCGGAAUAAGGUCCAAAAAAUGGUAUUGGUCUAUCUUUACAUAUAUGGUCGACGCAGCGAUCCAAAAUGCGUGGASGUUAUAUAGAAAGAGUGGCCGCAACAUAAGCCAGUUAGAAUUUAGAAGAAACAUAGUUCAGACAUAUUUGACCAACUUUAAAAACCCUCCAAAAGCUCCUGGACGAGUUCCUGUCGCAYCAGGAAGCGAUUUUCGCGUUAGCGGUGACGUCAGAUUUGACGGUCUAAAUCACUUUGUGGUACCCAUCCCGGGAAAAAAAAGAAGAAAAGAAGAAGAUGCGCUGGCCAGAGCUGCACAAGUAGAGGCAGAACAAUGUGCUGUAAAUGUGGUGUAGGACUUUGCGUAGAAUGCUUUCGUAAAUUUCACACAAAGUAGAAGUGUAUUUAUAAUUUUUUUAAGUACCUAUAGUACAGGCGCCUAGUGGUCCCAUAUGGGAACAGCCCUUUGCGUAUAUACCUCUUAAUAAAAAAAAAUAUUUUUAUUAGAUUGCUUUUUAUUAAAACUAUAUAAAUCAAACUUUGAACAAAAAAAUWAAAAAAUUAACCAAAAAUUUUUCCCGGCGCUAAUGGGUUAAUGUAUUGCAUCUUAUAAGAUACAAA